ACUGUUUUCGUCGUUUUGUUUGCUGAGGAAGUGUACUCUCUCAGACUUAUUUACGAGGGUGCAAGGAGCAAUGACAGAAGAUGCAAUUAUGAUGGGCGUUAUGUGAGAAUAAACCUGAAGGAAUGUCGUGAAAAUAAUAAUUCGCGAAACGAAUGUCCAGCAUUUGCGGAUGGCGAAACGAGCAAGAAUUCCAGCACAAGUAAGUUGGCGGGUUUCUUGAUGUCGUUCUACUGCUCUCAGUCACUUUCCAUCUCAAAAUUAUAUUAAAAAGGAAAAAAUUAUAAGCAUAAAAUUCCAUAUUUUAUUACUGAAGACUAUCGCGCCACUGCGGGGAUCCUGUGGUCUAGCCGAAUUUCUAUGCUAUUGGCGAUACAACAUGAUAUCCGACACCCACCCACACUCGGUAAAGUCUUUUUCACUCUCUCUAGAAAUAUUACAUUUUGCAGUGUUAUUCUUUUUUUCCCUGAGGUUGAAUAAUUGAAAAUUAGUGCUUUAUUUUCCCAUUUGGCUCUCUCUGGUUUGAUCAGGAAUGUGUCACCACUCACCAAAAAAUUAAAGUGUGAGCUAUUCUAAAAGGCACUCUGUUGCUAUGUCAUAAAGCUUGUACUUUGGUAUCAUAUUUUAGCAGAUUUUACGCUGGAAAAAUCGGAAAAAGAUGAAAAGUGGUGCAUCUCGUUCAACAAAACCUAUUCACUUGCCUUUAAAGGGAACUCAACCAGCUUCGAGGUGAGUGAAAACUCCAGUUUAAGAAGUUUUCUCUGCAGGAGUACAAUUAUGAAAACAUCUUUUUUUAAUAGUAGACUUUCCGAUUAUCCUAUAGCGCAAUAGAUUUAAUGAAUAGGUUCAAAUUUGCCGGUGAGUGUCUUUUUAGUUAGAUAUCACAACUUUGAGGUUAAAAUGUGGCGAGAACAAAAAAGUGACAAAGCCCUGCCGUAGGCACGUGCGUCAGAUUACUAUGAGAUCAAGCAUUUUGAUUUCCCCAUGAUUCACAACUGAAGACACCACACAUGAUUUGAGAAAAUCGUUGGUUAUCAAAAGUUGUACACAGGAGUUUUCAGCGGGAAAAUCGAGAAUCGCGGGGAUUUUUUUCGAUAAUGUUACCCGUUGCACUACCGCAAUAGAUGCAGCGAAUUUCUUGCUAUCGGAUUGGCUGUAGUGACAUGGGAUAAUUUGAGGUAUAAAUGGUUAUCAGAUGACUAGAAUGCUAUUUAUAUUUUUAGUUAUGUUACUCUAAAUUCUGUGGAGCCCUUUCACUCAUAUGGACUGCAGAUAUGCAAAGUUAAUGAAACAAUGGACGUUUUUACAUAGGAAAAAGUUUCAAUUCCCACGGUAAUGGUUAGGGAAAUCAACAAUGUCGACUUUCUAUUGCUUUUGCGACACCAAUAUGGCGAACGUGUCGUCACAUAAAAAUGCUCUAUUUAAAACCCAAGAGACAUGCAAUCGGAUUCGUGGGUAAAAAGUAUUGCUGGAAGAGCAUUCCUAACAAUCCCUUUCUGAUACUUAAAUAAUAAUAGUCAGUAGUAAUAAUUUCACCAUUGAAUGGUUACAUAUAGAUGAUACAGUCGAUCUUUUCCUUUUUCAGAAUGUUUCCUGUCAAGAUAAAGUCCGUAACGUUUGGUUUAAUUAUGAAAUUUAUAACCUCACAAGUGACUUUAAAAGAUAUCGUGCGUUCUACCACAAACAAGGUGAAACUUUCAUGUGUCUUACUCGCCGCUGUAGUGGAAAAUUGUAUUUAACUAGUGUUAAUUCAACAAAUGACCGAAAAUGUUUCUUUUCUACUACUACUAAUUGAUGAUAAGUUAAUGUGACAGAACAGAAUGAGGUGUUAUUUAACGUAUGGCAUAAUUCUUUAUCAAUUUAACGCAAUUUUCUUUAUUUUUAAAGCCUUUUUUACUGUAACAUUAAAAUUGUAUCGCAUUCUAUAGAAAGGAAGGAAUUGGAUGUUUAAAGCUAUGGUGCUACCGUUAAUAUUUCUUACACUAGUCUCUAACACUGGCAGUGUACAUUACCAGUUAAUUCAAUAAUACAAUUAUUCUCCGCCACGGUAAUGAAUAAGCAAAUUAAAAAUGAUAUCACCUUGACCGCUAGCAGUCUGUUUGCAGUUCCAUGGAGUCGAUAUAUAAUUAUACCAAUGCAGCGAACACGACGUGCUAACAUCGAACAGUAUCGUGUGAUUACCAAAGCUAAUAGUCAGUUAAUCAAAGGGCACGAUACUAACUCCCGGGGGUACUGACAGCGUUAAGUAGUACAUAACUUCAUGGGAAACGCCUUGGAAGAUUCCAUGUGAAAAAGGUGGUGACGCUGGCAGGAAAAACACUAAAAUUAAACCCACAGAAUGCCAGGCCUGGCGCGUUGCAAUUUUCAGCUGCGGUAUAUUGCAAAUAAGAGCGCAGUUGUUAUUAAACUAUUUUCUCUCCUCUCUUCUUUUUUGCUUUCCUUUUUCUUGACGUCCCUAAGUGAUACUUGAGCAGUGAAAGAGAAUUUUGGCGGUCCAUUCCCUAUUAGAAGUACCUAAUUCUGGGACUAUGUGACGACGAAUUUCUGAGCCCUUGUGUUUUGGAGCUAAUCACUAAGCAACAGUCAUCAGUGCCUCAGUUUGUCCGAAAUUGUAACAGUGAAGAGAAACUGAAGUCCACUGAAGGAUGUGCAUAAAUGAUAUGUUCAUUGUAAACGGGGCUUACUUACGGUAAGCUUCGUUGACAACAACAACAACAACAAAGCUAUUUAACUCCGCUCGCCACACACAACAAUAGCUGAUUUCCAGGCCGGCGCGUACGCAAACACCCAUUACAGAAGCAAGUGUUCACUAUAGGGAUGCAAAAUGUGACACAUUUUUAGAACAUAAUUUAUUUUGUAAAUAUUUACUCAAUGCAGCUAGUUUUACAAUAUAAGUUGGUGGGAGUUUUGGAGAAUAAUUAACAUAGAUUUUAAAAAAAUUACACAUAAAUAAAGGAAUCUGAGCGAUCCAGCAGUAGGCAAAGAGGCAAUUUUGCCUUUAAAUUCGGAAAGCGAUUGUUCUGAUUUGCCUGGUAAGAAAGAUUGUUUCAGCGCAUCGGACCACUAUACUUAAAAUUACAUUUGAGGAAAUUCGUUUUUGGCCUUGGAAGUGCUAGAUCAGUUUCAAGAUUCCUAAGAUUAUGGUUGGUGCUACUAUCGUUGGGUUUUUUAAGAGGCUGUUAGAUGGAGACAGAUUGAUCUUGAGGAUUUUGUACAUCAGGGUAGCCUUCACAAGUGAGCGACUGGUUUCGAGGUUUUCCAUUUCAAAUUAUCAUUUACAAGCACAUUUACCGAUCUAAUGUCAUGUGAUAUGAUAAACCCGUUAAUCACAUUUUUUAAGAGGCUACCUGCGAGCUAUACAUUAGAACUGUAAGGUUUCGAGGGGACUGGUCACUUACUACUUAUGAGGGGUGCCGGCUAUUUGAAAAAAGCUUAAAAACAUUUCAAACCGACCUCCCCAUUUUAACAUAGCUUUAAUUGUAUAAAUGACCCCCAUUGGUGUGGAAACUACGAAUAUUUUAGCUACAAAAAAAUCUUGCCGAAGUUCACCAAAUACAGUCGAACCUUCAUGAGCGACCACCUCUCGUAAGCGACCACCUCCCAUACACGACCCGGCAAAUCCAAAACACCAAAAUGUAAGCGACCGCGAACACCUUUAAUUUUGGACCUAAUGAUUUUCUAGUUUUUUUUUUUUUUUAACUUCUUGUAAGCGACCACUUGACGCAUUCUCUGAUCUUUUUGCUCGCUGUGUGGUGCUACUUUGAAUAUACGAAGGACUUUAGUGACAACAUGGAAGUACACAUGGCGCGACUUAGAAAUUGCAUGCAAUAAAUUAUCUUCUAUAAAGUAGAUGUGCCCGGGCCUCUUCUCGGAUGAGGCCUCCUGUGGUUCAAUUCUUGUAAAGGACCACCUCCCGUAAGCGAAGACUAAGUCUUAGAAUUUUAGGUGGUCGCUUACGGGAGGUUUGACUGUACCGCAGUAGUGUUUCUAAGAUUGGCUUAUACCAUUCGCGGCUGUUGAAUUUAAUUUCAAUUUUGCAACCGCUUUUGUAUUACUUUCAUGAAAUUUAUUAAAAUGCCCCCCAGUUAACGCUCCCUUAUCUGAAAAGGACCACCCAAAAUCAAGAUCAAAGAUCCCAUGGCCAGAAAUCACGCGCAUUUGAGCCCGCGCUGUGGUAUGCGGCUUUCUUCUUAACAACAGAGAAUCCAAUAUGGUGGGAAAAAAGCGUGCUUUCCUAGUAGAUUACGCACAGCUUCAUGAUAUUUCACGUCCAGCAGAAAAUCCAAAAGAGGGAAGAUGUACGAGGCAGAGAGAAUAAUCGAGCGGCGGAAAACCGAACACGUGAGUCGAUUUUUCGUGUCAAUCCUGAAAGUUGAUCCAUUUGUGAAGCUAAUGAGACAAAAUGGCGGCCCCCACUUCCCCUCACAGGUAAAAAACGGCCAGCCCCAGAGUAGGUUUAUAGACCAGAAUUAAGUAUCAGCCUAUAAAGCAAGUCCCAUUACGCCUUAUCAAGUUUGCCAGAUACAUCUCGUCAACAAACUGCGUCAUUGGUAAAAAAAGGAUUAGGGUUUAUUGAUUUGACUUCCAUAUAUUACAUAUAUUACCUUUAUAAUAUAUUUACGUUACAUAAACUGUAUUUUAAUGUCUUGUGCUUAAUGUAACUAAUCUUAUUCCUUUUCGCCUUAUUUUGAGUUUUCCGCGGAGUAAUUUCUUUCAUCUGGACUUGGGGAUGGCCAUGUAUUUGUGUGACAGCUAUCAAGUGUCCCUGAACACUUGGUUUUACUUGUGAAUAAUAUACAUGAAAAAAUUUCUCGAUUGUGAUUGGCUAAGAGAAAUGCAGUUUAGGUAACACAGUGCAGAAUAAAUGUAAUUGGGUGCAGAAAAAAUGUAAUUUAGUGCAGUAAAGAGUAACAAACGUGACACUCUGAUUGGCUAAUAAACAAAGGAACUCACAGAGGGCCAAUCAAAUGCGUCAUCUAAAUGGCGCAAAAUUUGGAUCCGCUCCGGACCAAUUUCGAGCAAAAACCGCAAUGAUUCUCAAAAUGGCCUUAUUUUCAACGUGAUAUUUGCUAAGAUCAACUCUCCUCGCUUUCGCAAAAAAAGCCACAUGGAGAAAUUUGGACACUUUCCAUCAAUAGAAAAACUCUUCUUCUUUCAUUGGAAGAUACUUUCAAAGCAAUAUCGAAACUUGUUGAAGUGACAUAAUUCAAAAACGAAGAACAAGUUUUUACGGUGACAAGAACCUUAUUUUAGUAGUUAUUUUCUGCGGCAUUAUUCACACAUUUAGACAUUGAUCUAAAACCUACCUGAGAAUUGGCUUGGGUUUCUGAAGGCAGCCUCCAAACGAAAGCAUCGAAGUUCGGUAUUUAUAGUGAAGCGUGACCAAAACAACCUAUUUAACGGCUGCAAGGUUCUUCGAUCGUAAAGUAUUAACUGACACAAAUCGUUAGAAAUAAAUAGUACUACUAGUACUAGUACGGGCUUCUUCAAAUGGUAACACAGUCCGUAUAGGAUUUUGAAAGUAGAUUCAAAAGUAAGACCACCAAUUGUUCUCUCCAAAGAAUGUUCUAAAGUGAACGGUUUAUCUUAUGAAUAACUGCUUUAAAUGCUUUCAUUUCAAGGUUCCCUACUCCUUCAAUUCCAGAGAGGCGUUCACCGAGCCUCACCUAUGGCGGGAGCUAAGGCAAGGCAGGAAACGGUGAUAGCAGCGAAAACGUGACACUUAAAAAAUGAAUUUGCGCCGUUUUAAAGUUCAUCGUGUACAGUCAUUUCAUCUCAUUCAACUUGCUGAAUGCAUGGUUGAAUAUGUUUUGGAGGGAAAACUCCUAGUUUUGUAUCCAAGUUUAGGUCAGUUCAAAACAAGAUAAUUAAUCGUCCUCUUGUUUUACGUACCGUCCUCCAUUGUUCACGUAAACUGAGAAAAUUUUCGUCGUAGUCGACGCAUUGACGGCUAGGAGAUUUAUCGAAAAAUGAAACAAACAGGUAGAGCGUUUAAAAAACCUUAUUGCCCGCAUCGACACGGUCGUUCCAUAAUAUGGAAGUCUUAUAGGAAAAGUGCUCUUGUCACCCUUAAGUCCCUCUGGGUCAGAGUAACCGUAACACCAUGCAUCUUGCCGUUAGUGAUUCAAGUCCUCGACACCAACUGUCGAUGAUCAAUAUAGAUUAGCCUAGUCGAGAAUCGGCUUUGUUCCACUAACAACUUGACGAUUGUUCGCGAUACUAAGGCCUCCAUUUCGUCCCAUGUAAGCGAAUCCAAGACAGUCUUGGAUUCUAGAUUACACGUCGUGGAUUCCUGAUUCCAGUCCUUUUCAGUAGAACAUGGAUUCUGGAUUUCAAUCUUUUACAGGAUUCUGAAUUUCCUGAGCUGUAUUCUGGAUUCCACAAGCAAAAAUUUUCCCCGGGAUUCUGCAUUCCAUGAACAACAAUUUUCCGGAUUCUUUUACAUGGUGGGACUCUAUAGGUAAGACUUAGGGCCUCAUUAACUAGAACACUUUCGAUUUCAAAAUGCUCUGUCUCACUCAAAAUAAUGAUUAAGAAGCAACCAAGGAGGAAGGAGUGAAAAAGGGUAAUACCCCUAUGGAAUGUGAUUUGAAAGGUCUUUUUAGAAUCACAGUUGAGGAAACGAAGUUGAAAGAAAAAUAUACCGUUUCUUCUGUUUGGAAAAAGUCUUUUCGGCAUCUAUAUUACCAGUUCCAGUUUCGGUUUUUUUUCGGUUUCGUUUAAAGACUCUCUGAUUUAGACCGCGAAAUGAGAGCUCUUUUUAAACAGUUUUAAAUUACUCGUUUCAUUGAUUAUUCAAUGCUCGAAGGACUCUGGCGUAAUUUGCAGUCAUGCUAAGCCAGGAUUAUCCUCAUAAAUUCUAUGAAAGGACUGAUUCAGGAGCAGGCUCGUGACCGAUUAUUUUAAAGUCUGAAAAGUAAUUCGUCUCUUCCCCAGGGCCCUGGGACGAGGUUGUGCAGAAUGCAGGUUUGAAUCGGCUAAAGACUAUGAAACUGCCUCGAUUUCUAAAUAAUCAGAAGUCUGAAACACUGUUUCAGACAACCGAUUAUUUAGAAAUCGAGGAAGUUAGUCGUUAGACGAUUCAAAUCUGCAUUCUACCAAAACGUUUCCGGAAAAUCCGGUCGGAAAGUAAAUUGAAAACGACUUUUUGGGUCAUUCCCAGGAGCAAAGGAAUAUCUGGAAAAGUAAUGCUGUUUUUCCGGACGGUAAUUCGUGUUCUAUUGAAAAAGUCGUAUUUCAUACCAUGCUGGUUUCAGGCUUUCGCAGCCGUUUUCCCUUAGAUGGAACUGGUUUGUGCAAAUGGUAAACACUAUGAUGGGCGGAAGGAAAUUUACCUUGUCUGAAAUUUGCUUACUAUUUUUAAACCGUGAAGUGAGCGGUUUGCCACUAGAAACUUGAACAUGUAACUGUAUCCGGUCAAUUUAACAAAGCUGUCCAAUUUAACAAAAGCUGUCAUAUGAAGACAUUUCAUUUCGUAGGAAGACAUAUGAAGACUAUGCUAUGUUUUAUAAGUGGUUUUGAACUACAUUCUCGUUGGGUGCCCCUGAACAAAUAGCCAAUGUUUACCCAUAUUUAUAUUUUCAUGUCACAGCAGUUGAGCAUUCCUCAAAUAUAACAUAUUUUGGAAAAUAACAUUAUGUGACCAUUUACAUAAAUAAACUUUAUCCAAGGGUUGGAAAAUUAUUAUAUAGCUGAUUCAAUGAAGGCUGCCUUGGGCAUUCGGAAUUGCUCACUAGGACGCUAUUGUUUGAUAGUCACUCAAGAAAAUCAUUCCAGGGGAGUUCCAUAUCUCCAAAUGCCAAAUGCCCAAUUACCAAUGACCAAAAUCACCGAAGCAACCUUCUUUUCUUUAAGCUGUAUAUGAGGAGCUGGACUGAUGAAUUUAAUGCAAAUUUCGGUGGUCAGUAGUCUGGUUCUCACUUGCGCUCUGAGCUAGUGGACGUGCGCUUUGAGCGAGUAGAGUUUUGGUUGAAAUUUGCUUCUAAUUAUCUCUGGAAAAGCAAACAACUCAAAAGUUAAAGCACUUCAACAUCAGAAUGAUUCAAUGAUGAAAGAACUUCAAAUUUUGCGCAACGAAUUCACCCGACUUCAAGCGUCUUUAAGAUCACACGAAGCUGAAGCAAGCAAACAUGGCGGCCAAAGUCAACCUGGACCAGAUCCCGAAACUACCAAGACGUUACAGUGCGUUAGUGAUGAGUACGACGACUUGAUGGCAGAUUUGGCAUUCAAUCGACCCCGAUGACUUGAACGCCCACGUGUCGUUUCCUUACGCAAGAUAGGCCCCCGGAUGAUUUAAAAACUAAUUUUGAAGGGAGAGGGGUGGGGGGUUACAGACCAUUGGUACAUACAAGCGGUUUAGAGUGUCUGCGACGCAAGCUAGUGUUGAGGCAAUCAAGGAACGUUUGGGUAAAGGUACACCACUGAGGCCAUCAAAUCCGCAUUCCGUUUAAGACCCUAUUUUAUGACCCUGACUCGUUUCGUUUUGCAUUUCGAUAAGGGAAAUUUUUAACAUUUGUAUAGCCAACCUGACAAACUUAACUCUUUCCUGUCAAAAAAAGACACCCACCUUGUUCUGCGGCACAGACCCGUCUCGGCCAAAAAAAAAAGCCCCCUACCCCCGGUCCAAGAGGCCAGCUCUAUUUUCAUGUGAGGUGAGACACUGUCAGUAGCCCGGCAGGGCGAAAAAUUGUACUGUACAAAAAUGGGCUUCUUUGAAGGAUUUUGAAAGUAAAUUCAAAAGUAAGACCACCAAUUGUUCUCUCCAAAAAAUGUUCUAGAGUGAACGGGUUAUCUUAUAAAUAACUGCUUCAAGUGCUUUCGUUUCAAAGUUCCCUACUCCUCACCUCAUUUCCAUAGGGGCGUUCACAGAGCCUCACUUAUGGCGGGAGCUAAGACAACCAGGAAACGGCGACAGCAGCGAGGACGUGACACUUAAAGAGGGGGGCGUAAGGGGGGUCCGAAAACCGCAAAACCGCACAGAAAUACGCCAAAAAACCGCAAACCGCAUCUGAUUUUUUCCCGAAUACCGAAACUGCACGUACAUGUAGGCCUCUAUUUCGCCCCAUAUAAGCGAAUCCAAGACUGUCUUGGAUUCUAGAUUGCACGUCGUGUAUUCCUGAUUCCGGUCUUUUUCAUUGGAACAUGGAUUCUGGAUUUCAAUCUUUAACAGGAUUCUGUAUUCCUUGAGCUGUACUCCGGAUUCCACAAGCAAAAAGUUUCCCCCGGAUUCUGCAUUCCACGAACAAACAUUUUCCGGAUUCUAAGUAAAAUACUUUGGAUUUCAAAAUGUUCUCACUGUCUCACUCAAAAUAAUGAUUAAGAGGCAAGCAUGGAGGAAGGAGAGAAAAAGGGUAAUACCCCUAUGGAAUGUGAUCUGAAAGGUCUUUUUAGAAUCACAGUUGAGGAAACGAAGUUGAAAGAAAAAUAUACCGUUUCUUCUACUUGGAAAAAAUCUUUUCGGCAUCUAUAUUAUCAGUUCCAGUUUCAACUGGUUCUCUUUCGGCUUCGUUUAAAAACUCUCUGAUUUAAACCGCCAAAUGAGAACUCUUUUGAGGGCCACAAGUUGAUCAGUAAUGUUCAGUUACUGUUACAUGUCACCCUCAUAAAACAAAGUCUCUUACUUACUUACUCAACAGUUUUAAAUUACUUGUUUCAUUGAUUAAUGCUCGAAGGACUCUGACGUGAUUUCCAGUCAAACUAAGCCAGGAUUAUCCUCAUAAAUUCUGUGAGUUCUACAUUCUAAAUUCUACAUGUGAUACGAAAGCUUAAUUCAAAAAUUGUUUUAUUAUUCAUUUAAAAUAAUUCCUAGUUUCAAAACAUGGCUAAAACAUGUUCUCUUUUAUCGAUCCAUCGAUGUUAAGUUUAUCUUCGAUAGUACAGUGCACGUUUAGGGUUGUUCAGCUCCGCAAAUAUUCUUUAAAUAGAUCGCCCUUCGAGUUGACCUCUUGCCGUUCUUGCCAUGUUUUUAGCUAUUCUUUCGCCUUGUUAUUACUCUUGAAACGAGUGAAAUGUCCGCCCGAGUUUCUAAGCAGCAGAGGUAUCGAUUUUGCAGAACGUCGAACAACCGCCGAACGCUGAAUUACUCUCCGAUCUCGAGCGUUUAAUUUAUUGCUAUUGUCUCGCACGUGGUCUCGCGUCCUAAUUUCCUUCCCCUUCCCUUUCAAACGCCUACCACGCAGGCUAUCAAGAGGUAAUGCAUGAGCUAGAUCACUCUCUCUUGAGACUAUGUAUCACCGGAAAAGGAUAAUUAUGACAGAAGGGGAAAUUAAACGAAGAUAUAAAAUUUGCUAAGCUAGUAAAUUCAGUCCUUCAGAUGUAAUGUGCAGUGUAACAUUGAAAACAUUCACUAGUACAUCUAGUCCUACUAUCUGAGAGAAUCCUUAACAAAAAGACGUUGCUAUGGGCUUACAAAGUGUUUUCAGUGCGGUAAGUACGCUUUUAAAGCAAAAUUCAAUGCUAGUACAUACUUAAGAAAAUGUACAAGUUAGUUUAAUAUGGAAAAUCACAUAAACGCGAGUGCAUAUCAUGGUUAUGGGCACGAGUGAUUUUUUGAAAGUGGUUUUUACGGAAGCUCAAGGGUCCAAAUAGUGAUUUCGUUUUUACAGGGUGUCCCAAAAGUUCAUUCCGCUACUUUAUAAGACUCUAUUUCAGUACGAUUGAACUUGUUACGUAAAUCAUUGAAGCAAAAGUUGUGUCUUUCAAUCUAAUUCACUAUUUUCAUACUUGUUGUGCCAUCUUUUGACUCGAAUAUUCGAUUUGUGUACUUCGGCACCAAAGGUGCGCGUGCGCUAGUAUAUUUUCCAGCCACAUAUUUUUUUGUUUUUCACAGCCCGAAUUACUCGAACUCGUUCCUUGUAUUUUGUGAAUAUCACGAAAGAUAAACCGCUUUAACGCAAAAAAAAAAAAAACCAGCUAGGUGAGAGCAUAAGCAUGUAUACUUCGAUUUACUAGCUUAUCUGUUGUACAAACUGCUAAAAAACUGGAAAAAUCCAAAUGUUAGGUGGUAAAAUAAUCAUGGAGAAAUGAAGGUUUUGAAGGCAAGAAACGAAGUUUAAGACCAAAAGUCCUGAAUAAAGCAGCUAAAAUAGUUUUAAAGAAGGUUAGAUAUAAGUAGGAGACCCAACGAGGAAGCUGUCACAUUGUUAGAGACCCAAGUCCAGAAAGCGUCAUGAAAAGCUGUUUAAACUGUUUUAAAUUAGAGGCCCCUGAGAUGGCAAAAAAAACUGAAAACCUCUACUUAGUCUGCCAAGUAACGCCCAGCUGGUCUCAAAUUUGUAAAGAAGUACAAAAGCCUUGCUGUGGAAGGAGACCGGGAUGAUUGUCUUUUAUGAAUGAAUGCCCAACAUAUAUUUUUUUAGCUGCCUAAAAUAAACAAAUAUUGUUUGGGGGUGGACUGGCUCCCGAGCACCAGGUGAUAAAAAAGUUCAAAAUGGAUCAUUUGUGGGUCUACACACUGUAUCCCCACUUCAUGCCGCAACGGCUACAGAAUGUGAUAAAAAAUCAAAAAGCGCAUGCCGGUUACUGAAAUUCUGAAUACAUGUACUCAGUAGAAAAAUAAACAUCUUCUAGUAUAGAAAUUUCAUGUAAAAAGAAAGUUUUGAUCAAAAGUUAUAGUGCAUUAAAUUAGAGGAACGAACUUUUGGGACACCCUGUAUUUUUCACUUUUCCAUUUUUGUUUUUCACUUUUUGAUUUUCACUUCGCCAUUUAGCUUUUCCGUUGAGAAUUCGGUUCUUAUUUUUUACUUUCCGUUUUCGUUUUUAACGUUUUGACUUUCACUUCGCCAUUUAGCUUUUCGGUUGAGAAUUCGGUUCUUAUUUUUUACUUGUCCGUUUUUGUUUUUAACGUUUUGACUUUCACUUCGCCAUUUAGCUUUUCGGUUAAGAAUUCGGUUUUUAUUUUUUACUUUUCCGUUUCUGUUUUUAACGUUUUGAUUUUCACUUUCCAUUUUGCUUUUCGGUUGAGAUUUCGGUUUUUAUUAUUUUACUUUUCCAUUUCUGUUUUCUAACUUUUUCAUUUUUACCGAUCUAUUUCGUUUUACUUUUCAGUUUUUGUUUUGGCUUUUAAAUUAUAGAGCGGUUUUCACUUGACUUUCGUAAAACCAAAACCAAAGUAAAUACACUAGCCAACCAAAGGGCGUAGUAAAACCAAAACCAAACCAAUUCCUCAAUUACUUUCGACAGUCAAGUGAAAACCGCUCUAUAAUGAAAACCAAACCAAAAUCUAAUUACAAACAUUAAAAAAAACGAAAAACAAAAAAGCAAAAACCAAAACCAAAACCGAAACCGACAGAGUAGACCACCAUGCUUGGCUGGACGAUCAUUAUGGCGGGUGAAGGUGUCCAUCCGGCGGAGUGCGGCUUUGUUGACGAUGUUAGCCCGGGUAAAUUUUCUAAUUUUACCUCCAUGGAUCGCUCUAAAUCAUAAACUGUGUUUCUUUUCAAAGUACCUUUUAAUUCUUCUAUUUAAGCUAUGGAAAUCGCGUUAAUCGACUAGAUCAUCAGAAGGUUAGGAUUGGAGGUACUAAUGUGCUGUAAGCUACCGCCCAUUUGUUAAGCUUUCAUUUACACUAGAUCGUAAUCGCCUAGACUGUGAAUAUAAGGGGGAAUAUAUAUACCGCGUGACCAAAUUUCCCUUCUUUUUGUCGCUUACUGUUCCGAAAACUUAGCAGUUUCACGCAGGUUUUAUCUAUAAGAAUUGUUUUGAGUGGUUGUUAUCGGCUCAUUUCCUAUUCCAUUUUUGCUUAUUCGAACACAGAGACAUCUUAGAAGACCGACGUUGGGUGAAUCUGAAGUUUGCCGUCAGUUUUAAACGUGACUCCAAAUCUAUCUGAUUUUGAGAGCCGACACGUGUUAAAAACUUACUGCCCACACUUUGAUCGUUCCAUUAUGCUCAAAGAAUAUAUUCCCAAUCUACGCGAUUACGAUCUAGUGUAAAUGAAAGCUUAACAAAUGGGCGGUAGCUUACAGCACAUUACCUUACUUACCUCUAAUCCUAACCUUCUGAUGAUUUCUUCUGACGCGAUUUCCAUAGCUUAAAUAGAAGAAUUAAACGGUACGUUGGAAAGAAAUACAGUUUAUGAUUUAGAGCGAUCAAUGGAGGUAAAAUUAGAAAAUUUACCUGGGCUAACAUCGUCAACAAAGCCGCACUCCGCAGUAUGGACACCUUCAUCCGCCAUAUUGAUCGUCCAGCAAAGCAUGAUGGUCUACUCUGUCGGUUUUGCUUUUGGUUUUUGUUUUUGGUUUUCGUUUUUUAAUGUUUAUAAAUACGUUUUGGUUUUGGUUUUCAUUAUAUAAUUUAAAAGCAAAAAAAAAACAGAAAAGUAAAACGAAAUAGAUGGGUAAAAAUAAAAAGUACGGAACAAAAAAAAAAGGAAAUUAAAGUAAAAAAAAAUAAAAACCGAAAUCUCAACCGAAAGUGAAAAUCAAAACGUUGAAAACGAAAACGGAAAAGUUAAAAAAAAAGACCGAAAUCUCAACCGAAAAGCUAAAGCUAAGUCAUGUUACUGACUCCACUGUAUACAGGCAACGAUUUUUAAAUCAUUAAAAUAACUUCCAAACUGUUUAAAUCAUUGGUUUGAGCCAAUCAGUGAGAAUCUUGUGCGAACCAAUGCAAGAGGAAAACUUUUGACAGUGAGGACACAAAAGAAAGGGCGAAAGUUGAUCUUAUCUUCAAUUAAACGAUAAUUUCACGCUUGUUUCAAGGUUAUCAGCUUUGAUCACAAACUCAGCACGGCCUCGAUCUAUGUAGUUCCUAAGAUUUCAGUAAACUGCGUUGUCCUUGAACAUGUUGAAUAACGUUAUAGUGUCACAUAACAGUUCUGAAAACUGUUUACGGUGCUUCCUUGAGAUACCUGACCUAUAAUCCACUGGAUACCGCUUGUCACUGAGGAAAAGGGCUUUCACAUCUCAUGAUUACCAAGAGAACGUAGCACACACAUUAUGUUCUCUUGAGAUUAUUACCUAGACGAUUUGUGCUCAGUUAUCACCUUACAUGUAACAGUUCAGCGAUGUUCUCCCAAUAUUAAUAGCCCUAUGCUCCCACCAAACGGUUGUGAAAGAACCGUGAAAUAUAAUUGAGUUUCUCGGUCACCGCAUCAGUUGUUCUCAGUCGGUCUUCUCACGAUCAUUUGCAAUGUUUACCAAAUUUAUUUGCCUUAAUUAAAACGCCUGACACGCAGGCUAUUUUCUUGUGAACUCUCGUGUAAUUGAGUCUUGUAGUUGAUUUCACUGCUUUUAAACCGGUUGAAUCGGAUUUUAUAAAUACAUUAACAUAAAAUUUGAGAAAGAGGAAAUUUUGUUCACUAACAGACCACUAGACGAAUCUAUGUCGUGGUUACCAUACCCUAAAACAAGAGAAAAACAAACAUUACCUAACCAUGGCCUUCCACUUAUUUGUAUGCCCGUUCUUCAAUCAUUUUUAUUAGUUAUCAUGGGAAGCUAGAAAAAUUCAAACUACCUUUCUUAAUUACCCUUAGACAUUUGAUAGCCUGCGUAGCAGGCACUUGGAAGUAGUGGGCGCAAGAACUCGGACGCGCAACAUUCUCGUUUUGACCUACAUGGAAAUCUUUCUUCCCACGCGCAGUGCUUCCGGUUUUUUCACCCUAGUCUCUUAAUAGGAACAUGAAUCGAAAAUUAAAAAAAACAUCGCCAUCUUCUCCUCAAAACACUUGAUGGGCUACAGUCUUACCUAGACGCCCACACUCUUUCUUAGAGACUCAAGACUGAAAUUUCUAGUCAUGGGUAAAAUUCUACAGGAACUGAAAUUGAAAACGGAAACCGCCUCUUCUCUGCGCCGGAAAAGCCUAUCAAGAUAUUAACUGAGAUGUUUUGGAUGUACACUUUCAAUAUUAGAAUAUUUUUAAGAUUUUCCUUUCGGGGGUUUUUUCCAUAGGGACAACCUCUUAAACUCCCUUUUCAAGGCCUUCUUUGAAAGUAUUUAUCUUUGUUUUUAAAUGCUUUGAAUAAACGUAUGUAUGUAUGUAAAACUAUGUAUAUGUAUGUAUCACAGGUAGGCUUCAUGUUUCAUAUAUGCAGAUACGUCGACUUCCGAUAACUCGAACCUUCUAGGAAAAUCGAAAAAAGUUCGAGUUAUCGGGAGUUCGAAGCAAAUAACCGGAAAUAAGAAAAUAUUAAGCAAAUGGACGGGGAGGGUAGUAAGAGACAUAGGUUGAUGUUUUGAAUAAAGGAAUUAGGCAAUAACGCUUGAUUAAUAUACACGGAUGGACACUAAGGUUUGUGCUGAAGUGACAUAAAAGUAAGGACAUAUUAGGAGUGACUUGGUUGUAAUGAAAUAAAUUCCGAGUGUUUCGGACUUCCGUACACUUUUUUUUUCUCGGCUUUUCACGCGCUGUAAAACAUGGUUCGGGUUAUCGAGGGUAAAAUUACAGUAAAUAUAUGAAGGAAAUCCAGGCGAAAUCGAUUUUGGUUCGAGUUGGCGCGAGGGUUCGAAUUAUCGGGAGUCAACAAUGUAGUUUUAUUCAGUUUUUCAAUUAACCAAAAGGUUCGUCUGCGUAAUUUCAAUUAGACAUCUUUGUCUUGGUUUCACUUAAACGGUAAUAUAAAGAAUUAUGAGCCUUAAAACAAUCCUUUUAAAGGCACAAAAUAAAUAUGUUUUUUAUGUUAGCUUCAUGAUUUUUUUUUUUCACUUGUCUGUUUUGUCGUCAGAGGUUAACAGGGAAAUAAUUCUAACGAAGUGGGCUUUCCAAAAUCUCGUAUGCCAUCAGUCCCAAAUAGCGUCAAUAGCAUCACAGUCAAUUUCAGAUAUAACAUGAACUUUGGUUUAUCAAGUUUCUAGCAUUUUUUUUGGAAAGAGAAAACGGAUCAGGGCCUAGUAGCUCUUACAAAGUGGGGGUCACGGUCUUUCUUUUUUACAAUUGUUAAACUGUUCUUUACAAACAAAUGAUGUUUGUUUUAAAAAUGCUCCUCGUCGUGUCUGGUUUAGUGGUUUCAUUGUCACUCCGCAUUAACAUGGGUAGAUUUAUGGGGUGGGGCGGGCUGAGGAGACAGCAGCAACCCCUUUUUUCUGAGGUGUUUUUAAAGAAUUCUCAGUACAAUAAAAAGUAUCUAUAUAGCUGGCAAGUGUCCCGAUCACCCCUUUCAGAAUUUUCUUGAUUCACCCAUACUUAAGAGCGACUGUCUGUAAAUAUCGACCAAAAUCGUCUUUUUGUGGCACAAGUUGAAAAUUCGAAUUUCGCUAAUUUUUGGCUCAUCGAUAACCCUUAAUGAGUAAUGAAACAUGCUGUAGUUAGUUUUCCCAAAUAACGUAUUCUUUUGUUAAAAUUCGAGGAAACUCAUUUUGCCCGUUCGGAGCUCAAAAUCCACUUCCGGUAAAGCGAAAUUUUACACAAAUUUCAUUGACUCGUACAUCAAACUACAAAGAUUUGGCGGCCUUUGAAGAACACGAAUAGUUUUUAUGACCCUUUCUUUCUCAUAAGACGAUAAAUUUGUGAAAGCUGUAAUAAGUUUGUGGCCAAAAAGGUAUUGUUAAAAAUUGGCCCUAUUGACAAUUUCAACGGUUCAAAAUUAUAGGGUUAAGAUAAUGUAAAUUUUUAUAAUGCGCUGUAACUUAGAAUUUCGCAAAUUGACUUUCUACGGUUUAACUAGGCCCAAAUAUAUCAGAAAAUUGAAACAAAUCUUUGGGCAAACGAUUUUAAGUAGCCCGCAAGACGCCCAGUUCAACCCUAAUUUUGCGAAAAUCGCGACGUUCCAGUGGUUAAAAAUAGCGUGACACGGCCCGUCACGCCAGCGGUGUUAACGACAGAUUCACUUUCAACAUUCUAUUCAACACUGAUCACAUGCCGAAUUCCAGCAUACAAUCUAUAUUACAUCUUUCAAUAACCUUAUCUUAUUUAGAAGAGUCAUUUUGUUUGGAUACAAUAUAUAGUGUAGAAUUGCCCAAAAGUCGGCUUUUUUGAGCAACGUCGGCAAGACGUCGACGACCGAGCCCAACGAAAACAAACUUUGAACAAGUACAGUGGUGUGUUUCAUAAUUUAAGCAUCCGUCAAAAGGCAUAAAUACGUUAAAUUUAAGACAGGGAUAACCAAUACUAACCAAUUCGAACAACGUUUUUUUCUUGCGAGUUUUCUCUUUCAAGUAAUUAUGUAUAAGUAUAAAUGUACGUUUGGAUGUAUUACUAUGACGCUUAUAAAGGUACAUUGUAACGAACGUUUCAGAAAACGUUUUAACUCCUUUCCAUCGACGAUGAAACGCCAUCAUCAAAAACAAAUCACCAAAAACUUUCCUCCACAGCAAAACGGAAAAUAGAGAAAAAAGUGGCGUUUUACUAAUGCUAAAGCAGGAAUAGUUGCAGCGUGAUCAUGAGCUUUUAAAAAUGGCAAAUGCUCCUAAAUGGACAUCUAUAGAUCCCUUGCAUCGCCAUUGGAAAAAAAACUCUCUGGCCCACUAUGAACUAGCCUAUUCCAGGCGUAGUGGACAGUGGAUAGUGGAUAGAGGACGGUGGCGCGAAAUGGGGAACGGAGGAAAACAAACGUGGAAAAGAGUAAGAGGGAGAGAGUAGGAGGACCUUUCGCCCUCAAUCCCUAACCCCGCCCCUUCGCCAUUUUUUCUAGCCCACCUUUCUUUGCGUUUUCUCAACUAUCUGAAGGUCUGUUAGAGGUUAACUACGUCCUUUAUUUACAAAUUUUUAUGGUAUAUAACGUAUUUAUUCGAUUAACCGCCCUGGGCGCUUAUUAAAUUUUUGGACCUUGAGCUUAUUCGAGGUGGGUGCUUAUUCGAAGGCUGGGCGCUUAUUAAAUUUCGCCAUUCUCAGCAAGUGUAGUAUGUUUAUUUUGCAACAAAACAAUAAAUGGUAAUAACAAAAAGCGGACAUGUAACAAAAGAAGGUUUCUGUAAAAUGCUCUCAAGAAAACUCCGUCUUCGGGAGGGUCUAUUAUUAUCUCUUAUUUAAGUUUGUGUAGGAGGGAGUGGGGUGGUGGUGGGCGCUUAUUCGAGGCUGGGCGCUUAUUAACUGUUCUGCCUUUAGGAGGGGCACUUAUUCGAGGUGGGCGCUAAUUUGAGGUUGGGCGCUUAUUCGAAUAAAUAGAAUAUUCAACUUGAGCGUCGAGCACUUUUGGCGCUUUGUUAUUGAUCAGCAGGAACGGAUUUGGUAGUACUAACUUUUCAACUGCUUUUAGACUGCGAAUUUUUUUUUCUUUCUUUCUUGUUUUCUUUCUUUUAUUUUUUCUUUGUCAGUUUCUACCGUAUUUUUUAGACGUAUUUUUCGAUCCUCUCCCUAGUCUCACUCACUCUGCCCCCCUCCCCCUCCGCCUCCCCUUUUUCCGAAAAAAAAACACAACAACAACAACAACAACAACAAUAAAAAUAGGGAAACAAAAUAGAGUAUAAUACUAAAGCUAAGAAGAAUCUUGUAACGAACGAAUGGGAACACCUAAAAAGGAAACUUUCCUUAUCCUCCGUAGCCUUAGUCCAUGAAACGUAGACGCCCAAGCGGGCCUCCAAAACCUUACCUUUGUCUUUGUCACAAACCGAAUAAGGCUGAAAGCCUUAGUCUGCUUUACGUAAGUACCUUGUAGAUCUCCAGAAGAAUUGUUUGCAGCCGGCCCUCAAUUAACCCCAAGAGACUUCGCCUGCUGCUGGUCAAUAUAUAGGAAUCGAAGGCUAUUCCAAAGAACUGCUCCAGAAAAACUAUUUUUCUCAACAUUUUUCUGGGGUAGAGGAAUAGCGAGUUUUCUGUGUCUCUUAAUAAGUAAUUAGAGAUACUGCAACGUUCUGCCCUUGCUACGAUCUACUAUGCACUUAACAAGGCCCCUCAAGGUACUUAAGCUUACUUAAGAUAUAUGACGCAUAUUCUGGGAUACACUCGCCUCUCACCGCUCUUUGACGAAAUGUUCCUAGCGGCAGAUAGCGAUGAGAGGAAGCUGUAUCGCAGGCUUUUGGACACAAGGAUUUUCUACUAUUUACAUGGGUAAACCAGUCGCUCCACGGUUUGGGCAAAUGGUGAGGAGAAUUCAGGACUGAUUAAGUUUGAUUCCGUUCGGUAAUCGCGUUUACCGUUUGCCUAAGUCAGUUUCGUUUAAUGAAAAACGGCCGCGAAAGCCUGAAACUGAUAUUCAAAAAAAGGUUUGAAGACAUGAAAUCCGAACUUCCGCCUGAAAGUUUCCAACCAGGAAGACCAGGAAAAUAGGCGAACGCCUUUUAAGACGUUCCGUUUGUUUCAGGAAUUUUCCACUGAAACGUCGAAAGCAACCCGAAACUAAGUUAAUGGUAAGCCUGGCAAAGCACCAAAGUGUCCUCUUAGUUUGUUUUAAUGGGUCAUGUAUAUAGUCAUGCAGUAGCUUUGAUGAUUCAUACACGUUGUCAUACAAGUAUAUAGGCUCCUCUUUGGCAUCCACCUAGCUUUUUUUUUCAGUUUUGAGAGCCCGCACCAAUACUUAGUCCAAAAUAUUUUUAUUCUUUAAAAUUGCUUCAAGGAAAUUAGUUUUUAUAAACCAAAUGGCAUUGAUUGGCGAUGAUUUAAUUGGUAAAUAUCUCUCAAUGCAAAAAUUCAUUCAGUAAUCAGUUUUAGUUUUUAGAUUUUGUUCUGUUUAUAUACCAUUUUUUGGAGGAAAUCGCCAGUCUGAAACUGAACACGAAAGUGUGUGACGCUAUCCCAGGGACCCUAGAUGUUGUAUCUGAAGAAAAUGCUGCAAUCAAUGAGAAUCAUAGGUUUACUGAACGAUUUAAUUUCGAAUUGGCUUUUAAUCUGCCUUUAACUAAAUUGUUUAAAGCAUAUCUAUAGGCAACACUGGCGUGACGGGCCGUGUCACGCUAUUUUUAACCACUGCAAUGUCGCGUUUGUUUUGCAAAAUUAGGGUUGAACUCAACGUCUUCCGGGCUACUUAAAAUCGUUUGCCCAGAGAUUUGUUUCAAUUUUCUGAUAGAUUGGGGCCUAGUUAAGCAGUAGAAAGUCAAUUUUCGGAAUUUCAAGUCAUAGCGCAUUGUAAAAAUUUGCAUUUUUUUAUCCCUAUAAUUUUGAACGGUAGAAAUGGUCAAUAGGGCCUAUUUUUAACAAACCUUUUUGGCCACAAAAUUAUUACAGCUUUCACAAAUUCAUCGACUUAUAAGAAAGAAAGGGUCAUAAAAACUAUUCGUGUUUUUCAAAGGCUGUCAAAUCGUUGUGGUUUUACGUACGAGUCAAUGGAAUUUGUGCAAAAUUUCGCUUUACCGGAAGUGGAUUUUGAGCUCUGAACGGGCAAAAUGCGUUUUCUGGAAUUUUAACAAAAGAACGCGUUAUUUGGGAAAACUAACUACAGCAUGUUUCAUUACUCAUUAAGGGUUAUCGAUGAGCCAAAUAUGAGCGAAAUCAAAUUUUGAACUUGUGCCGACCGUGGGUCGAUAUUUACGGAAAGCCACUCUUAAUUACAAACGCAUGAUUAGACUGAAUCUUUUCUGGUCAUAAUGAUAGCCUUGACAUGACCCCACGCCAACUCGAAAUGUCAGAUACCGAUAAAAUAUGAUAAAAUAAGCGAAGACCAGCGGGGAGCUCUCAAAUGAUUAUCCAUUUCCUUAACUUUGUGAUUUUUUUAAAAUUUAUUAGCCAUUGCGAAAGAAUUUCAUAUCUACGUAACCUUAAUUUUACAAAGCACUGAAGUACACUGAAUUACGAAUCAUCCGCGUACGUACUGCGUUUUACAUUUCUAUGAGGACUCACUCACCCACGCAAGCCAGAAUGACAAACGGCCGUAUAAACCAAUAGCCAAGCAAUUUAGCUGAACAGCUGAAUUUUAGCCUGCGAAGCAAGCGAGCAAAAAAGAUCCUCCAUAUCUAUUGCAGCUGUCGUUUCAACUUCCGCGAUUGGAAACGCUUGCUACGCAGGCGAAUUCAAGCUGAACUAAUUCUUGCUAAUUUGCUUUUUAAUUUUAAAAUACCCAAUACUAACAGUGCUAAGCCACGCCAACGCACAAGAAGUUUGUCUGAUGAAGAAGAAACUAAAACUGACCUUGAUCUGCUAGAUUGCCAAAAGCAAUGUAAUAUGAUUCGAUUUUAUAAUAAUCCACCGGAGGUUAGGAAGUUGGAAGACUAAGAUCACAUAUUCAGCGUUUGUUUAACGUUCAACUUAAGAAUUAGAAAUUCAGUUAUUAAAGUGUUAUAGUCAUUAUAGUAGUAUAAUAGAAUCACUAAUUGGGGAAAUUAGAGACUUAAGCUAAAUUGCUUAAAAUAUUAAUCACAAAAUCAACAGUUUAACUUUAAAGGUACUUGUAUAUAGUAUAUGUGUCGCAUAAUAAACGAAUACAGAAUGAUAAGUCAUUGAAGAGCUAGAAAGCAUUCUGAUGUAAAGUUCCUCUACUGUAAAUAUCCCGGGGGGAACUCCCUUAUAUAAGCCAUAUACAUGUAGGUAUGUGCCGCCCCGAACGAAAUAUAUAUUUUUAAGCCGUUUAGGUCUGAAAACGGGUCUACAUUUUUCCCAUUUUGGUCUGGAAUCGGGUAUCGUUUUCGAUGGAACUACGGGAGUGUGUAUGAACGUAUUUGUUAUUUCAGUUCCAAAAUGAAUACUUUAGGAAGAGUAGUAUACGAAUUCGAAGUGGAUAUAUAGGGUCACGAUUUGGAGAGCAAGGCGGCACACACCACAAGGAGCUCACACAAUCUGUGUGUGUAACCAUAACUUCAAAAUUUCCAAUCUAUGCGGUUCAAAGAUUUCCCUUUUUUUGUACACAAAAAGUCCACAUACGUAGAGAAGUGCACUGGGUAUAGACGCCUUUUUGUAUUGAAAACACAGUGUUCUUUUGCAAUGACUGUAGUUGAUAACAAUCGCAAAACAACCAUAGACGAUUUGCGGAUAAGUAUAUCAUAAACUUUGGAGUCUUUAAGCAACUUAAAGCUAGGGACGGUACGCCUAACUUCAUUAAUUUUCAUCCGGAACUCGAUGCCGAGACAACAGCCCCCGUAAAUUCAGCACUUUGCAACUCUCAGUACUGAAUAACAAAUUAAAUACGAUGGUGAUUUAAAACAAAACAUUGCGAAAUUCGCAUAGAUAAAGCGGUUAUUAGUCGGAUGAGGUCCUUCUUUUACAGAGAGCCAGCUAGAAGAUAUAUGAUAAACCAAUACCGACUUUUACAAGGACCAUUGCAAUUUGCACAAUUAAUAUGUUUUAUGUCGCUUCAGGCUGUCUGUCGCUUCACUCUACAAGGAGAAAAUUAAAAGAACGUCUUUUAAUUCAGCCGAAGUAGUUUCAGUUAGGUUUGUUGGAAAAAAUCAAGAGCUGGGAUAUCAUAUAAAAUUAUAAUGCAGUGUUAGUGUGUGGUUGGUAGACCGUUACUAAGUGUCUCUUGCAACAGGCGUCCGCCUUCGUUGGAAGACUGAGUGAAGGGUGGACUGAGUUAAAUCAAAUUUUGCCGGUCUGUCAUAGGCAGUGAUGCAAUGACCUAAGCACGAUAAGAUAAAUUAGUUUCAAUAGCUUCAGGUAAAAAUCGAUUAUAUUUGAUGCAGGUUUAGGAAAUGCAAUAAAUAAAUCGACAAAUUCCACCGGCCAGGUUAAAUAAGGAUACGUAUCCUGCUAUUAGCACAUUUCAUGGCUAUAGGAACUUCCAGUGAUAGGUUAAUUAGUUCGUACAAAUGUGUUCCCGGGGCGUUUCACCAUCCUGCGUUUGCAAAACAAAACUACAGCUAGUUUGUUAAGGGAAAGAAAGUCGGUUAACUUUUAUGUUGUACGAAUAAACCUAGCCUGAAAAAAUGCCAGAAAUUGUAUCAAUUUUUCAGGCGCCUUUUUUGUGAAAGAAAAUUGUAGUGAGUAGUGAGUAAUGAUUCUGUAGGGUAUGCUUCGUCUUAUUUUAUACUGAAGAAUUCAGUGGCCUUCAACUGAGAGAAUUAGCAUCGUCAAAUUAUACGCUCCUUUGCAAGGUAUAUAAAUCAAUGUUAAAUAAACGUUGAAUUACCUAACCUGUGGUGUAUUGUCGUCCUUUUGCUUGACUGAAAGCGGUUUUUUGAGCGAUUUUGAAGGAUUUUGAGUUUGCCGUUUACCGGUUCCUUCUAUUAUAAGCCGAACAGUAAACGGCAAACUAAAAAUCCUUCAAAAUAGCUCAAAAAGCCGCUUUUGAGGCAAAAGGACGACAAUAUACCACAGGUUAGGUAAUUCUACGUUUAUUUAAAUGUAUCUAUGAUAAUGAUAACUACAUACAUACAUACAUCGAUUUACUUGGUUAGCAGGUCAAUAAUGGCAGCUUAUACAGCUGAUGUGGACAAAUAUGAUAAAUAAACUAAAAUAUAAAAAUAAUAAAUAAUUAAGAUUUUACAAAGAAAGCAUUCCGAGUAAUUGUAACGAUCAAUUAAUAACACUGAAAGAUCAAGUUCGCGGGUUUUGGUUUUAAAUUCCAAAUGAGACAAGAUCUCGAUAGUUACUGAUUUUGAACUUCCUUAGGCAACGUUCGGUUAACUGAAUUUGUUAGUGAUGAGUGCAUUUCAGGGCAUUCGUUUGUUUUACCUCUUACUCGGCCUAUGCUUGAGAUCUCUAAGGCAACAUUAUGUUACCUCAUAUAUACUAAAUGUGGGUGAGGGAGUAAUUAAGUUUGAGUAACUGAUUAUGAAGGGUUCAGGGUUUCGUUAAUCUUUUGUCUAACGAUUGUUACAGAGAAAAUGAUCGCCACGUUUCGACCGUGUACUGCGGUUCGUCGCGAUCAAUAUCUAUGUGACGGUCGUGAGCCAAACAAUCAGAAAGAAACCCUUUAUACACAUUAUUCACGAUGAAUAAUAUAUUUCAUGUCGUUAAAACUGAUAUUUAAGAAUUUUCUUCAUAAAUACCAUCGAAAUGAAUUACAAACGGUUUUCUCAAUAUAAAAUCAUCAAAGCCAUGAUCUCGAAUUCAGUCAGACUGUGACAACUUAACCCUCCGUUUACACGAUAGAUGAACAUCGGUCCAGAAAAAUGAUUUCUUACGCCUCACGCUUCGAUAGUCAUACAAGUGGAUAAGCAAUACAAGCGGAAAGAGACCUUUGACCACAGAUGUUGCUCGACAGUGCUCUCAAAGGGAAGUAGUAAAAGAAGCAUCCCUGAAACUUGACCGGUCGGGUAAUUCUUGCCGGAUUAAUGGCAUAAAAUAAAACUCAUUUUUGCCGCUAAGGCGGAUACCAAGUGGCUAAGGAAGAGUUAAAUACCUUCGCGAUCAUUACAUCACUCAAAAGGAUACUUCCGCUGAUUUCGGACCUUCAAACUGUAUUAACAUUCAAACUUUUUAUUUGUUUAAACAGCGUUAAUUGCAAAAGAAUUUCUUAGUAUGUUAAUCAAGAAUUCAAAAUUUUACAAGCUUAGGGGCAUUGAAUUCUUCAAAUAUGAUACAAUUGUACUAAAACAUCAUGGUUAGACUAUAAAAAUAAAAUUGUUGGUGUCGAGCUUUUAUCUUAAUCGAGUAGUCAUCCAAAAGAGUUUGAAGUAGAACUGAAAGUCGUGGUUAACAGAAGAAAAUGGAUUUAAGAGGUUUUUUUGCAGUGAGUAUAUCAAAAAAGGGCCAAUUUAUUUAGCCGCAUGCUACCUCAGUUCUAAGUUGGGAUUUCAUAAUUCUGGGGUCCGAGUUUUGUGAAAUUAGUUUUACGGACGGGGCCUGCAGGCAGUGCUUUAUUCAGAGCUUACAACUUAAAAAAAAGCAUUUCUCUUUUUAUAUGCAGUCGAACCUCCGAAAAUGCAAAGGUUUAGGGCGGGUCACUUAGGGUUGAUUUCCCCUGUCGCGUAGUUUUUCCGUGCGCAUGCAUGUAAAAUUUAGGUGCGUAAAUGAGAUAGAGGCAAUGUAUGAAAGGCCAAAAGUAAGCGUAAAAGUUGAACCUCGCUCAACUUUCACGCUCACGCGUGAAAGUCCACACAUUGCCUCUAUUUCAUUUACGCGGGUAAAAUUACGCGACAGUGGAUAUCAACCUUUACGGAAACGGAGGUCGUCGCUUACAAUAAUCGAAUCACUUUUUGCCGUAGAAUUUAUUGCUUGCAAUUUCUAAGGCACUUAUGCAUGUAAUUUUGUUUUGACACUUUUUAAGUUCUCAGAAUCGAACCACUUUUUGUCGUAGAAUUUAUUGCUUGCAAUUCAGUAAGUUACGUAUACGUGUAAUUUUGUUUUGACACUCCAUAAGUUCUUCGUUGAGCGUCGUAGUACUUGGCUUACAGGAGGUUAAAUACAAUGGGAAACAAUAAAAACAUCUAACCAAAAAGUGGUCAAAGUCGCUUACGAGAGGCUCUUACUGAUUGAGGAUUGACUGGGAUAAAAAGGUUUUCUAGGCAGGUGGUUGCUUCUUAUGGGAGGCAGUCGCUUACGAGAUCUUACGAAGGGUAGUCACACAUAGAGGUUUGACUGUAUUUUGAGUUUGAGGGUAAACUAUUUUCUAAUUUUGUUCGAUUUUUGUUUCAACUUAUCUUAUCUGCUUUCUUUGUCGCCAGACUGUUUUCCUCUUUUUGUUUACUGUGGAAGUAUACACUCGCUCACGGAGUUUUAGUUAUAUAGAUGACGACGGUUCUGGGUGCACUAAUAAUAAGGACCGUUAUAUGAGAAUUAACAUGGCCAAGUGUGAAAAUAAAAACUCUCGAAGGGAAUGCUCAGCGAUGGCGAAUGGCGACACGAGAAGCAAUCGAAACACACGUAAGUUGGCGGGUUUCUUGAUGUGUUCUACUGCUCUCAGUCACUUUCCAUCUCAAAAUUAUUUAAUAACGGAAAAAAUUUACAAGCAGAAAAAUUCAUAUUUUAUUACUAACGGACGAUCAAUUCUUGCCGAAAAGAGACGGAUUCAAGAACAGGCAAGUUGGCGAGUUUCAUCAGAAGUGAUAUCGAUUCGACUGCCGUCAGUCACUUUCCAUGUCGAAAUCGUUUUAAGAUGGAAAAAAUUUCUACAAGCCGAAAAUUUAGCCGUAUUUUAUUACCAAAGGCAAUCGCACGACUGCGGGGACCAUGUGGUUUGGCUAAUUUCUAUAUGUUAUUGGCGAUACAACGUGAUUUUCGAUACACCCCGCUCCCCACCCGCGGAAAAAUCGUUUUCACUCCUCCUAGAAAUAUUUAAUUUUGCAAUGUUAUUCUUCUUUUUACCUAAUUUUGAUUAACUGAAAAUUUGUCUCCUAUUAUUCCCUUUUCUCUCUCUGGUUUGAUCAGAAAUGUGUCACCACUUGACAGAAAAAUAAAAUGUGCGAUUUUCUAAAAGGCAUGUUAUGUUUCUGCAGAUUUUAGGUUGGUGAAAAGGGGAAAAAAGAGUUGCAUCACUUUCAACAACACUUAUUCACUUAUGGUACAAGGAAACAAAGUCAGCUUCGUGGUGAGUGAAAACACUAAAGAAACUCCCUCUGCAGGCUUACAGUUUUGAAACCGAAAAAUCCUUUUCGAAAAUAGACUGUCCGAUUAUCUUAUACCGCAACAGAUUUGAUAAGUAGGUUCAAUUUUGCCGGUGAGUGUCUUUUUAGUUAGUUAUCACAACUUCGUCGUCAAAAUGUGGCGAGAGCAAAAACGAUAGCAAAGCCCUGCCGUAGGAACGUGCGUCAGCUUACGUGAUAAGAUCAUUAGCAUUUUGAUUUCUCUCACGAUUCACAACUAAUCGAUGACACCACACAUGGCAAAACAAAAUGAUCUAUGAGUCUGUUAUUUGAGAAAAGUUAGAACGCGGUUUAAAGUCGUUGGCUCUCAAAAGUUGUUCACAGGUACUUUUAAGGAGAGUUCUCGGCGGGAAAAUGUAAUGCCCCGAGAAUCGCCGGGACUUUUUUCGGAAGUAUUAUCCUUUGCACUACCGCAAUAGAUGCAGUGAAUUUCUUGCUUUCGGAUUGGCUGUAGUGGCAUGGGAUACUUUGAGGUACUGUGUAAAUGGUUAUCGGGUGAAUGCUAUUUGUAUUUUUAGUUAUGCUACUCUAAAUUCUGUAGAGCCUAUUCACUCAUAUGGCCUACGCCUAUGCAAAGUUAUUGGAACAAAAGGACGUUUUUACAUGAAAAGUUUCAACUCCCACGGUAAUGGUUAGGAAAACCAACAAUGCCGCCUUUCUAUUGCUUUUUAAUUUGGGACACUAAUAUGGCGGACGUAUCGUCAUGUAAAAGUGCUCUAUUUAAAACCCAAGAGGCAUUCAAUCGGAUUCGUGGGUAAAAAGUCUUGCUGGAAGAGCAUUCCUAAGAAUCCCUUUCUGAUACUUAUGUGUCUAUCGUAAUUGAUAAUAAUCGUCAGUAGUAAUAACUUCAUCAUUGAAUUGUUAAAAAUAGAAGAUAUACCGUCGAUCUUUUGCUUUUUCAGAAUGUCUCCUGCCACAGUAAAGAUAAUGUCAAUAAAGUAGUUUGGUUUAAUUAUGAAGUACAAGAUAUCAAGAGUAAGAAAGCACGUUAUCGUGUGUUUUACUACAAACAAGGUGGAAGUUUCAUGUGUCUUACUCGCGACUGUACUGGAACCUUGAAUGUAACUCGUGUUAACUCCCCAUUAAACCGAAACUGUUCCUUUUCCACUUAUAAUAAUUUAUGAUAAGUUAAUGUGACAGAAAAAAAUGGGUUUUUAUUUAUUGUAUGACAUAAUUCUUUAUCAAUUUAAGGUAAUUUUCCUAUUUUUAAAGUAUUUUUUACUUGUAACGUUAAAGUUGUAUCGCAUUCCAUAGAAAGAAAUGAACUGGAUUUUUAAAGACAUGGUGCUACCGUUAAUAUUUAUUACACUAGUCACUUAUUCUCCGCCACGGUAAUGAAUAAGCAAGUGAAAAAUGAGAGGAUCUUGACCGCUGGCCGUCUGUUUGCAGUUCCAUGGAGCCGAUAUGCAUAAUUAUACCAAUGCAGCCAACACGACAUGUUAACAUCGAACAGUGUCGAGUGAUUGCCAAAGCUAAUAGUCAAUUAAUCAAAGGGUACGAUACUGGGGGGAAUUGGGUUAAUUUUUGCUGGGUGUGUGCCGCUGGCCUCUCAGAGCCCCUACCCCAUUAUAGUAGUUCAUUCUGUGGCCAAUUAUACAGACCCCAUCUUAGUCACUUUUGGGCAAAUAUGUAAUUUUCGCGAUCCCAACUAAUUAGUCACUUUCUGUUUUUAUGGAUUGACUCAUGUUUUAGAUUGAAUAAAGAACGCUUUACUUUUCUGCUACAGUGCAAACAUUCCGGUACGUGUGCUAACCGUAAUUAUGAAAAACUAAUGUCAUUCCCCUAAAAAUCCGAAAAUGUGCGACCGCAUCCAGCGGCACAUCCGAUCAGCCUCUUAUAAGGAAGUACCCCCCCCCCCGGGUACUGACUGCGUUAAGCAGUACAUAACUUCAUGGGAAACGCCUGGCGAAGACUCCCAACCUCCUGAGGACGAGGUUGAAAGAUUCCAUGUGGUGGUGAUGCUGGCAGGAAAAAACUAAAAUUAAACCCGAAGAAAGCCAGCCCAGUAGAAUUUAGGACAACCAUGUAACCAGUGUAGCCGUAAAUUAUAUCGCAAUAAAGAGAGCAGUUGUUAUUAAACUAUUUUCUCUCCUCUCUUCUUUUUUGCUUCGACAUCCCGUGAAGUGAUACUUGAGCAGCAAAACAGAAUUUUGGCAGUCCAUUCCCUAUAAGAAGUACCUAAUUCUGGGACUAUGUGACGAGGAAUAUCCGAGCCCUUUCAUUCUGGAGCUAAUCAUUAAGCAACAGUCAUCCGUGUCUCAGUUUGUCGGAAAUGGCGACUGUGAAGUGAAACUGAUGUCCACUGAAGGAUGUGCAUGAAUGAUAUGCUCAUUAUAAACGGGGUUUACUUACAGUAAGCUUCGUUGACGACACUCCGCUCACCACAUACAACAAAAGCUGAUUCCCAGGCCGGCACGUAGGCAAACAUGCAUUACAGAAGCAAUUUGGUGUUCACUACGGGGAUGCAAAAUGUGACAAAUUUUUAGAGGAUAAUUUAUUUUGUAAAUAUUUACAAAAUGCAGCUAGUUUUACAAUAUAUGUUGGUGGGAGUUUUGGAGAAUAAUAAACAUAGGUUUUAAAAUAUUUACACACAAAUUAAGGAGUCUGAGCGAUCCAGCAGAAGGCAAAGACGCAAGUUUGCCUUUAACAGUGUUUAAAUUCGGAAAGCGAUUGUGCUGAUUUGCCUCGUGAGAAAGAUUGUUCCAGCGCAUUGCACCACUAUACUUAAAACUACGUUUGAGGAAAUUCGUUUUUGGCCUUGGAAGUGCUAGAUCAGUAUCAAGAUUCCUAAGAUUACGUUUGGUGCUACUAUCAUUGAGUUUUGUAAGGGGCUGUUAGAUGGCCGGACACUAGAUUGAUCAUUGCAGAUUUUGUACAUUAGGUAGCCUUGACAAGUGAGCGACUGGUUUCGAGGUUUUUCCAUUUUAAAUUUUCAUUUACAAGCACAUCUACCGAUCUAAUGUCAUAUGAUAUGAUAAACCCGUUAAUCAUAUUAUUAAAGAGGCUUCCUGCGACCCAGACAUUAGAAUUUCAAGGUUUCGAGGGGACUGGUCGCUUACUACUUGUGAGGGCAGCCGGCUAUUUGCGAAAGCUUAAAAAUAUUUUAAACCGACCUCCACAUUUCAUCCUAGCUUUGUAUAAAUGACCCCCAUUGCUGUGGAAACUACGAAAUUCUAGCUACAAAUCUUGUCGAAGUUCAACACAUACAGUCGAACCUCCAUGAGCGACCACCUCUCGUAUUAAGCGACCACCUCUCAUAACGACCGCCAAUCCAAAACACCAAAAUGUAAGCGACCGCGACCAUCUUUUGGGCCUGAAAGCUUAAUGAUUUUCUUAACCUCUUGUAAGCGACCACUUGACGCAUUCUCUGGUCUUUUUGCUCGCUGUGUGCACUGUGUUGCUUGGAAUGUACAAAGAAUUUUAGUGACAACAUGGAACUACACAUGGCGCAAUAAAUUGUCUUCCAUAAGGUAGAUAUGCCAGGACCUCUUCUCGGAUGAGGCCCCCUAUGGUUCGAUUCUUGUAAGCGACCAGCUCCCGCAAGUUUCCAUUAAGUCUUUGCAUUUUGGGUGGUCGCUUACAGGAGGUUCGACUGUAGUUUAUCUGCAGUAGUGUUUUUAAGAUCUGCGUAUACCAUUCGCGGCUGUUGAAUUUAAUUUCAAUUUUGCUACUGCCUUUGUAUUACUUUCAUGAAAUUUAUUAAAAUGGCCCUCCAGGUAACGCUGCUUUAUCUGAAAAGGACCACCCAAAAUCAAUCAAGAUUUUAAAAAUAUUAAUGAUCCCAUGGACAGAAAUCACGGACAUUUGAGCCCGCGCUGUGGCAUGCGGCUUUCUUCUUAACAACAGAGAAUUUAAUAUGGCGGCCAAAAAGCGUGCUUUCCUCGUAGAUUACGCACAGAUUCAUAAUAUUUCACGUCGAUCCAACAGAAAAUCCAAAAGAAGGAAGCUGUACGAGGCAGAGAGAAUAAUCGAGUGGCGGAAAACCAAACAUGUGACUCGAUUUUUCAUGUCAAUCCUGAAAGUUGAUCCAUUUGUGUAGCUAACGAAGCAAAAUGGCGGGCACCCGCUCCCCCUCACAGGUAAAACGGCCAGCCCCAGGGUAGCUUAAUACACCGGAAUUUAGUAUCAGCAUAUAAAACAAGUCCCAUCAUGCUUUAUCAAGUUUGCCGGAUAGUCUCGUCAACAAACUACAUAGUGACUGGUGAAAAAAGGAUUCAGGUUUAUUGAUUUGACUUAAUUAAAAACUUAUUGAAGAAAUAAAUUCAGCUAGAAGACUAAACCACUACAUAUUACCGUAGUUUAUAAUAUAUUUAUGUUACAUGAACUCUGUUUUUAUUUCUUGUGUUUAAUGUGCCUAAUCUUAUUCCUUUUCGAGUUAUUUUGAGUUUUCCUUGCAGUCAAUUCUUUCAUCUGGACUUGGGGAUGGCCAUGUAUUUGUGUGGCGGCUAUCGGGUGUCCCUGAACACUUGGUUUUACUUGUUAAUAAUAUACAUGAAAACAUUUCUCGAAUGUGAUUGGCUAAGAGAAAUGAAGUUUAGGUAACACGGUGCAGAAUAAAGGAAAUUGAGUGCAGACUAAAAAUGUAAUUUAGUGCAGAAAAGAGUAACAAACGUGACACUGUGAUUGGCUAAUAAACAAAGGAACUCACAGAGUGCCAAUCAAAUGCGCCAUCUAAAUGGCGUAAAAUUUGGAUCCGCUCCGGACUAAUUUCGAGCAAAAACUGCAAUGGUUGGCGUUUGCAGCACAUUUGCUUUUGGGACUGAGACAACUGUAGAGGAGCUGAAAAACUGCUCUAAAAACGAAAACACUGCGAAAAGCACUGGUUUUUGGCUCUCAGUUUGGAAGAAUCGGUGCGCAGACAAAGAAGUUACUGAUGAAAAAGAAAAUUAUGAGCCUGCUGAGCUUAACACUUCACUCGAGCAUUUCUACGCCGAAGUAAACAAUAAAAAAGGUGAAGAUUAUGAACCAGAAAGCCUUAAAGUAAUGAUGGCAUCGCUUGAUAGACACUUAAAGAACAAAGGCUGCCUCCCAUCCAUUGUACGUGACCGAGAAUUUAGUUCGUCCAAAGAGGUGUUGGAGGACAACGCGAAA